AUGAAGACGGCGGUGCUGCGCGGCUUCGCCCGACGCGGCCUUUGCUGUGCUGGGUUCGCGGCGCUGGUGGAGCAGGCGGGGUCUCUCGUCGUUGGCCAGGCGGUGGUAGGCCUCAUGCCGAAGGAGCGGAGGCUGUUCGACUCCGUGGUGGACGACGGCUUCAGCCUCGCGCAGGUGGUCGCCCGGCAGCUGGACGAGUCGGAUAUGGAGCCGAUGGAUUGCAGCACGUACGUCUGGCGGGAGGAAUUCAGGGACGCGCUCGUAGAGGAGGACUGGGACUUCGAGCGCUUCCAGGAAGAGUACCUGGCGGACUUCGUCGCGGUCUGCAAGGACGCCCGCGAGGAGCACCGGGUUGAGAGACUACCCGACGAGGAGCUGAAGACGCUCGCGCUCGCGAGGCGGCGGUCCCAGACGGGCCUCGACGACGAGGGCGCCUCCCACUGGGACAGGGACUGA